ACACAUCGUCUUUGACAGGCAUACUUCAAAGGAAUUACUAAACCACCUUUUCUGUUCCAAUUCAUUAUUUUACGCAUUCUAACCUUAGAAAUAUGUGAGCUCAGUGGUGUAAUACAUUUUUUCGAGCUAAAAUAUGUCUGGUGUUUGUUUUGUUGAACUACUGCAAUUUUCAGCUGAUGUCGAAUAUAUGAAAAAAGAGGGUUCCAGAUCAUGUACUACUUCAACAAGCCAAUUUCUUGAUGACACUCCUCUUGGAUAUGCACAAUUCCAAACAAUUGAUGAUCCUGUUGAUAACUCUGAACAAUGGGAUAUGAAUUAUCAUGAAUCAUCUAUUUUCCUGGAAGAAGGUGAAAACAAUGACAAGUUUACAUUUCAUCCUAGAAAUCGAGAUGCUCUCCCAGCAUAUAACUUGGUUCACAAUCAGAUUUUUUAUUUUUGUGAUCUUGUCGCUUCAGUUGCGCUCUUGAGCUUAGCAUUAACAGAAAAACCUGCUGUUGCAGGUUUUGCUGUCUCAGAAUGGAUUCAUGCCACAAUUGAGUUGGUAUGUCUUUCUCUGAUGUGUGGGGAAAUUUUUCUGAAAAUUCGAUGGAUGGGAAAUCAAGCCUUUUUUCGCCAUAAAAGAAGUGUGAUUAAGCUUGUGGUUUUAGUCAUCAUGAUUGUAGAAGCAUUCGUUGUUGCAGUCCGUCAAACCAGCCAUUUUCGUGUAACUCGUGCAUUGCGACCAGUUUUUUUAAUUGACAAUCAUUAUUGUAAAGGUAUCCGCAGAGUAAUUAGACAGAUUAUACAAUCUUUGCCACCUAUUCUUGACAUGAUGUCAUUGCUCUUGUUCUUUAUGCUUAUCUUUGCAGUUUUAGGAUUUUACAUUUUUCGUUCAGUCGAAGAAGAUACAUAUUUCACAAGUUUUGGCAACAGCUUUGUUAGCAUGUUUGUUCUUUUAACCACUGCUAAUUACCCAGAUGUUAUGAUGCCUUCAUAUGCUGCAUCUAAGUGGUCAUGCCUUUUCUUCAUCACAUUCAUCAUCAUCCAUGUGUAUUUUUUGAUGAAUUUAAUGCUUGCAGUUGUAUAUGAAACCUUUAUAAGAAUUGAGAAAGACAAGUUUCGUAAAUUAUUAUUACAUCGACGCAAGGCAUGCCAACAUGCAUUUAGAUUGCUUGUUACUAGAAAUUCUCCAUUGCAAAUGAGUUUUCGACAUUUUGAAGGACUCAUGAAAUAUUUUAAACCUAAAAAUAGUAAAUUGGACAAUUAUUUGAUGUUUAAGACUGUAGACAUAAAUAAAACUGGCUAUUUGACCAUGAAUGAAUUUUUAAAUGUGUUUGAAGUUAGUCCUUUAAAGUGGAAGCCUAAAAGACAAGAUGAUCUUUGGUUUGUUCAUUUAAAGGGAGUACCCCUUAUGUUUUUCAAAGGUCUUAACAAGGUGGUAACACAUCAAACAACUGAUUUUAUUGUUAAUGCUGUCGUUGCUCUUAAUGGACUAUGGCAAAUUGUGGAAGCCUCAGAAUUGUUUGGUUCACAACAACCCAAGGAGGCUUACUAUGAAGAAUGUGAUGAUGUAAGGUGUGACAUUCGCCAAAAUAUUUAUGGAUGGGUAUCUAUUGGUUUUGUAACUUUUUAUACAGUAGAAGUAUCAAUAAAAAUUAUUGGCUUAGGAAUCGCAGAAUAUCUAAGUUCGAAAUGGAAUAGGUUUGACUUAGGAGUUACUGUUCUAGCAUUAUGUGGCCUAAUAGCUGAACAAUUCCGUUGCCCUUUCUCUUAUGUUACAAUUCUUCGAUCACUUAGGCUGUUGAGGUUAUUCAAGCUGAAAAAAAGAUAUCGUGAUGUUUUGGGAACACUAUUUAUCAUUUUACCUCGAUUUUUAAGUGUUGCAUUAGUGUUGGUUAUUUUGUAUUAUUUCUUUGGAAUUAUUGGAAUGGAAAUAAUGUCUGGCUACGAUCUUGUUAACUGUUGCAAAAACACAACUGUUGAACAGUAUUAUCGAUAUGACAAUGACAGUUCUUUAGAUGGAUAUUAUUACCUAAAUAACUUCAACAAUUUUCUAUUUAGUCAAGUUACUUUAUUUGAAUUGAUGGUCGUCAAUAAUUGGUUCAUUAUAAUGGAGGGUUAUGCCCUUGUCGUCUCUCAAUGGACAAGGCUAUAUUUCAUGUCUUUCUAUGUUGUGACGAUGGUUGUAAUCAACAUUGUCGUAGCUUUUGUAUUGGAAUCUUUUCUGUUCAGGAUACAAUAUAAACGUGCGACAGGUGACAUGGACAAGGACACUUUAGUCAGAGUUGAUAUUGGGUUGAAUGAACAGGAAAUAGAUUUUUGCAGGAGUAAAACAUAUUUAUCUAAAGCACAAAUGAAAUCUUUUGCAAGGGAUGAAAUCUCUCCUAGAAUUAUAUACCGUGGGACCAGAACUCGAACAAAAUUUUCUUUUUCCUUGAAAAUGCAUGCUGAAGAAGUUAAAGAAUGGUUAAAACAAGCCGAUACUGAAGAACGGACACAGCGAGAGUUACUACUUUCCAGAUUACAAGUAGAACACCUUACUGACAGUAGGAGAGUUACAUUGGAGGAAGAAUAUCAUAUCCGUACUUUAACUAUCUAAUUAUUCCCGUGCGUCCUUUAUUGUUAAAUUAUUAUUUUAAUUUAGCUGCUGCUUAUAUUUAUUUUGAAAUUGUAAAUUUAUUUCUUUUGUAAAUAGAGAAUGGUUUUAACUAUGAGAUGUAUUAUAAAGUAUGAGUAUGUGAUCUGUUUUGUUUAUGAAUGUUUUAAAUUAUCUAAGAAUUUGCAUGCCUGUAAUCUCUGAUGAUCAUUAAACUGUUCUGCUUAAAUAAAAAAAAUGAGAUGUAGACUACUUUCAUUUGUAAAAAAAAUUCUGCAGUUGUUUUUGAUACUAUUAAAACAGUAUCAGUGACACUGAACUACCACCAUGUGUAUGAUAUCGAUAAUUUUUUUAAAUUUUUUAUUGCGCAGUUCCGUAUUGAAAAUAAUAUUACAUUAUUUUGGACGUAAUGUAAACAUUGUGUGAUUUUAGGAAAGUCUAAAAACUUGCUUAAAUCAUUUUGUGUCUUCCAUGUUCUUGAAUUAAAAUUAAAUUUUAUGCUGUAAAUUUGUUCAUUAUUAAUGUUUACAGCUUUUAUUUGUUUUUUGUAUGUUUAUGAUAUAACCAGAAUUCAAUUGUAAAUAGUUUGAAAAUAUAAUAUUCCUUCAUUCCAGCACUAGAUGCUUUUUCCAUUAAAGUGCCUUAAUAACUCCUGCUGUAUUUAAAAACUAUAGAGAAUAAAUAUCCUCUAAGAAACUGAAUAAUAAUAGGCUGAAUCUCUACAGUUUCUACUUUUUUGUGCAAAAUACUUCAUACAGCCAUGAGUUAUUUUUCAGUGUUUUAUGAUAAUUUUCUGAUUUAUAGUAUAUUUUGAGAAGAAAAAGAGCUAGUUUCUUAAAUGUUUUGACUUUAUAUUAAAAAAACUAUUAGUAGUAUAUUAAUCAGUGAACAGUAAAUUCCUGAUUAUUCAUGAUAUUGAAUGGCCUGGUACUAAGCAGAAAUUUGCUGAGAAGUUAGUAUGCCUGGGUGAGAAAUUUUGUUGUAUGUUUUUGAAAAGGAAAUUGAAUCACAAGUAAACAAAAUAUCACUGAUCCGAAUUCCAUAUGUAUUUUCUUGAAUCUUGUUGUUGUGUGUAUUUCUAGAAUAUGACACAGUAUAAAUGGCGAGGAGAAUAAUUUACAUGUGAUUGUUUAUUGUAAUAUUUUUGUUCUGCUUUACUAGUCUAUAUUCCUGUUUCUAUAUGCUGUACGAAAAAAACAUGUUUAAUUUAAAGAAAAUUUGUUAACUCUUAUAUAAGUUAGUUACAUUUCUCUUAAAAGAUAAGUUAUAUUAUGUGUAUCAAUUAUGUAUGUGAUAGUUGAAUUUUUUAUACAGGCACUUGUUCAUGUAAAUUGUAUAAAUUUGUAAAUGGUAAUGUGUUAAAAUUUUGUGCAUUAUUUUACUUAUCAAAACUGAUAUUUGUGCAUGCAUGUUAUUCUUAAAAAUAUUUUUUGGUAAUAGUUUAUAAGGUAACCUUUGCCUAUAGGUUACCUUAAUAGUUUAUAAGGUAACCUAAUUACACUGGGGAAUUUUUUUUAUUUUUACAUUUAUAUAAAAACUUGAUCAUGUCCAAUUCAGGUGUAGGUAUUUCAAGUAUGAAAUUUGUUUUGCCCUAAAGCAACGGAAUUUUUUAAUAACAUUUUUACUAUAUUUUUGUCAAAAUGCGCAAGUUUAAAAACGUUACGUAUUAUAGGGGAUUGUGUAAAAAGUUGCGUCUAACUUCUAGGGGAGUUAAGGCACAUUAUCAGGGAUUAAAAUCGCAUAGAAAGAGAUGUAUGGAAAUUCUGUUGUACAGAGCUAGGAGCACUUCCCUGUUAUCAUCUGUUCAAAAGCACACAAAGAAAUAAUUCCUAAUGAAGAUGUGCCCCUAGCGGCGUAUGACGACAUUUUCUAGCUUCCCAAGAAAUUUGUUCCAACAAUUAUUUGUCCCCAAUCUAUAAAGACGUUUUUAAACUUGCACGUUAAAAAAAUAGACUCAAAAUAUCAUUUUGAAAAAAAAUUGUAGAUUGGAGAGCGAAAUCGAUUGCAGGUUCGAAGUCAAGUAUACAAAAGUUUUCGAGAUCUGUUAAAAAAAAAUCUCUUAAAAAAAAGCAUUUCCCAGUGUUAUUCAGCUGUUACUUUAAUUUCCUGCAUAAUAAUUUACAAUCAUUGAUGAGAGAUACAUAAAAAUGCUUGAAAAAAUUUACUGUCUUUGACUAUUUCUAUAUCACAUUGGCAUGCAUUUAUAAUUAAAGGGUUUCUACUGACGAUUAAAAAACAAUUACCUAUAACUUUUUUUUACCUUGGGGGGUUUGUCUUUUUUAAGCAAGAAGGUAUUCAAAAAUAACUAUUUUUAAAAAAAAUAGUAGGGACCUUUUUUUUUAAAAAAAAAAGUAGCUUUUUUAAAACUUUUAACUUUUUUUUUAAAAAAAAGUAGCGACCUUUGCCUACUAUUUCGUCAUAUAAUGUUUAACUAAUCAGCCAUAGGUUUUUUGCUAUUUUUCCACUUUUUUUUAUUCAUGAAACUCACUCUUUCUAACUCAUAAGGAUCCAUUUUUAUGCUAAAAUCUACAGAAACGCAUGAGUAAAAAAAAAAAAAAAAUGAAAUAUGAGUUUUUUUCCCCUUUGGGUAGCCACGGUACAAAAAUACUCACCCAACCGAACUUCAAAUGUAUAGAGAUAAAAUUAUAAUAAAAGGGUGUUGUUUUUUUUUAAAAAAUAUAUUUAAGUACUGAAACGAAACUGAAAUUUGUAAUGAAGACAAACAAUUUUGAAAGCGUGCGAUUGUUGUUAGUGCAUCAUAAAAUUAUUGGCUUAGAAAGUUCCUGUUUUAUGAUAAUAUUGCUGAUAGUUGUUAUGUUUGUGCUUUUAGAAUUAUAUUUUCAUAUAUAAUCAUAAAAAAAAAUAGAAGCAUUAAAAAGGCUCUAAAAUCAAAAGUCUUUGUUAGUUUCUAUAUCAUAUUAUACUACUUAUCUUAUUUCAAAACUGACUUUUUUUGAACAAAAGCGUAAUAUUUUCUAACAAAAAAUAAUAAUUUAUUUAUUAGUCAUAUUUUUAUUUGUAUUUUACACUGUUUAGAUAUUUUCUUUUCUUGUUUUAUUUAAAAUGCAAUUUGUUUUACCAAUUUAAAUUUUAUUUAUAAUGUUACUUUAUAAAUAAUAUGAAAACUUAAAUAAACUUAGUAAAAAUUAAUAUAUGCAUUACUUGCGAUUAAUCAUUUUUUAAAAAUUAAUUUUACUUACAUUAUGUGCAAUUUUGUUAAGAAGUUGAAGUGUGAGUAGUUUUGUAAAAAUAGAUUGCUUUUGUCUAAAUAAAAAUAUGUUUUAUUUCAAAA